CUUUCCCCCUAUCCUCCUCCUUUCCCUUCCCCCGCCAACCCCAGGUCCCGUUAGGCUGGGGGCGGUAACGAUCCGCGAGCCGUGGCCAGAAUGUCUCUGGCAACUUGUUGUAUAAUUUGUUGCAGAAGGAUAGGAACCUCUACAACCCCUCCAAAAAGGGAUCUGUGCUGGAAAGAUAUCCGAAAUAUUAUAAAAUUUACUGGACCACUUAUUCUAGGAGGUUCUUUAUUUAUUACAUAUGAAGUUCUGGCCUUGAAGAAGUCUAUGACGCUAGAUACUCAAGUUGUUGAAAAGGAAAAAUUGAAAUCAUAUAUAUAUUUAGAUGCUGUUUCUUUAGAUAAAAGAGAAAAUCAAGGUAUCACAUACCAGGCAAGGAAGGAACUUCACAAAGCAUUAAGAAAAGUAUUGGCAACAUCAGCCAAAAUAUUCCGGAAUCCUUUUGAUGACCACUUCAGUGCUGUUAAUUUAGAAGAUCACGAAUAUGGCUUGUGGAUGUUGCUGAAGAAGAGCAAAUCAGAGGACAAAAUGGUUCGACUGGAGGCAGUGAAAGAGAUGGCAGCAAACCAUUAUUGGCAUGAUUACCAGUAUAGGACAGUUGCUCAAGCCUGUGAUGUGAGGACUGUUAUUGGCUUGGCCCGAAGCAAAGAAACAGACCUUCGUUUUUUCCUACCACCACCUCAUUUACCCUCAGUAAAAGAAGAUUACUCCAUUGAAGAGGAGCUUCGACAGCUGCUGGCAUCUUUACCUCAGACUGAGAUAGACCAUUGUAUCCAGUAUUUCACAUCUUUGGCUCUGAGGGAAAGUAGUCAGUCUUUAGCUGCUCAGAAGGGUGGCUUAUGGUGUUUUGGUGGAAAUGGACUUCCUUAUGCUGAAAGUUUUGGCGAAGUUCCUUCGGCAACAGUAGAGUUAUUUUGUUUGCAGGCUUUAGUGAGGCACUCUGAGAUUGCCACACAUUGUGAUAAAAUUGAAGCAAAUGGAGGCCUGCAACUACUCCAGCGGAUAUACCAACUUCACAAGGACUGUCCUAAAAUUCAGAGAAGUAUAGUUCGUAUCAUUGGAAAUAUGGCAUUGCACGAGCAUCUUCAUUCAGCUAUAGUCCAUUCAGGCUGGGUUUCCAUACUGGCUGAAGCAGCGAAAUCCCCCCAUGUCGUUCAGGCUUCACAUGCUGCCAGAACCCUGGCUAACCUGGACAGGGAAACUGUGCAAGAAAAGUACCAGGAUGGAGUGUAUGUGCUACAUCCACAGUAUCGCACUAGUCAGCCCAUUAAAGCAGAUGUCCUUUUUAUUCAUGGCCUUAUGGGAGCAGCCUUCAAAACUUGGCGUCAGCAGGACUGUGAUAAGCUUGAAAUUGGAAAGGCCUCAGAUGAAGAAUGUUAUACACAGUGUUGGCCCAAGACAUGGUUAGCAAGAGAUUGUCCCGCUCUUCGAAUUAUUUCUGUGGAGUAUGACACCAACCUUAGUGAUUGGAGAGCAAAGUGCCCUGUGGAAAGGAAGUCCAUUGCUUACAGAAGUCAUGAACUUCUUAGGAAACUCAGAGCUGCUGGUGUGGGAGAUAGGCCAAUGAUCUGGGUGUCACAUAGUAUGGGAGGCCUUCUUGUCAAAAAGAUGCUGGUCGAUGCAUCUAAGAAACCAGAACUUAAUUCUGUAGUAAACAACACCCGGGGAAUGAUUUUUUAUAGUGUACCUCACCAUGGUUCCCAUCUGGCCGAAUAUUCUGUUAAUGUCAGAUAUCUGCUGUUUCCUUCUGUGGAGGUCAAAGAACUCAGCAAGGAUUGUCCUGCACUUAAAGAACUUCAUGAUGACUUCCUGACAUUUGCUAAGGACAAGAAUUUCCAGGUGUUGAAUUUUGUAGAAACACUGCCAACCUACAUAGGCAGCAUGAUUAAGUUACAUGUGGUGCCAGUGGAAUCAGCAGAUUUGGGCAUUGGAGAUCUAAUUCCAGUAGCAGUGAAUCAUCUGAAUAUUUGCAAGCCAAAGAAGAAGGACACUUUCUUGUACCAACGUACAUUACAGUUCAUUCGCGAAACAUUAGCUAAAGACCUUGAAAAUUAAUAGGUCUUGAUUCUCGUUCUUGUCUGUCGUGUGGACAUGAUGCUGGGUAUUUUUGGAGAUCUGUGGAACUGAGAAGACCCAGUAGAUAAGACACCAGGGCAGUCUAGACUACAUUGAAGACAGCAGGAAGCUACUCAGAAAUAUAUGAAAGGUAAAGCACACAAGCAGAGGUGGCAAUAAAGACAAGUAGCUAGAUUUUUCUUCCAUUAAGGACAUUUUCUGUGUAUCAGUUUAUAGUCCACACUUUAAGAUGGUGGCAUCUGAAAGAGAGCUGAAGUGUUCCUCAUUUCUGAUGUGACAGCCCUCUGACUCCCACCAGAAAAAGCAUUAGUGGACCUCAAAGGGAUUAAGUGCCAUCAUGCACUUCUUAACCAGAAAAAUCUUCCACUUGGUGAAUACUUGAAGUGGGGAGCAAUUACCACUAAGGACCAAAAUAGAUUAGAUUUUGAUUUUAUUCUAGGUUUCACAAGUGCAGCAGACUUUUAAAAAUUAAUAAACUUCACUCAGGCUGUCUGUAUUUCAAAGCUGGUUUUUUCACAUCUGAGUGACUGAACUGGCUUCACAGAUACAAAUUCAUUGUAUGCUUCUGUUGCUAGGAUAAAUAAUUUUGUUGUGCAUCACCUUAGGCUAACCUUUUAAAUAAUGUACUAUUCUGCUAUUAACUUAUUCUCAGAUAAGGAGUGAGGGUUGUUGAUUUAUCCAGUGUUUAAGUAUCAUAAACCUGUAUUAAAAAAACCCCAAAACUGCACUUAAGUAACACUUAGAACUACUCAGUGAUACUGUAUGAUACCUAGUUUGGAUUCGGCAGACAUUUCCUUUCACAAAAUAGGAAUUUUUUUUUAGAGUGGUGGAGGAUGAAUAUAUAUGUAAGAAAACAAACAAUGAUUAUUAGCCUACUCUUUGUAGACAUUGGGCUAUCUGAAGGUGGAUUGAGAGGAAUAUGUUGCAUCAUGUAGCUGUGACAGAUGGUUGAAAGUUCAACAUAUUUAAGUUACCCAGUUGUUUGGGAAAGAAUGAAGACUAAAGCUCACAAAAGUAAACCUGUAGGUUUUUCUGGCCCAUAGUUCUGUGACAAUGGGAUGUUUUUAGUAUGGAACAUUUCCUUUUUAUCUUGUCAACUAAUAACCCACAAUUAAAAACAAAUGGUUUUUAAAAGUACUUUUCAUUAACUUGAAAGAAUGGUAUGCAACUGUUUCUGGAAAUCUUAAUGCAGUAGCUAUUCCUCUUAUUGAGAAUAAUGUUUGGGAAAGAUGCCCAACUUUGCUUUGAACUUACCAUAAGUUUGCAGGCAAAUUAUCUUACCUAUAUGGGGUAGUGUGUAGGCACACUGAAUGUUGAUGAAAAUACUAAUAAUCUCAUCAGAUGCUAUAUAGCACUUUAAAAUCUGCACUGUAUUUUUAAUGCCCUGUUUUAUUUUGAGAAUCACAAUAGCUUUGUGAGAUCAGUUUUAUCUUGUGAAGAUGAAAUGACAAUGAGUUUAGCUGCCAUUGGCUUUUUAAAAAGGAGGUACAUAAGUGGUGAUGCAAAAUAAUAAAAAUAAUAUAGAUUUGAAUCAUUUUGGAAAACAGCCAUUUUAUUAAUAGGUUGAUUUCAUUAAUGGCUUGUUUUCAAUGCAUCUUCUAGAAAAGGAUAAUUUUGCCUUUUCUCCUCCAAAAUAAAUCACUCAGAGUUCCUGACCACAUUUAAACAUGAUUGUUUAAAUGAUUCUGAGGAUACCCAUAAUCAUGAUCAUGUUUAUGGACUGCUGGGCAGUUGCUAGGUACUAUAGGUUCUGCUUUUUUAAAAUAAGCUCUAAUGAGACAGAAAGUUGCUAUUUGUUAUUAUAAACCUUGAUUCAUCUCUCUUCCCUUAAAAACCACCAGGCACCUGCUUUAUACUGCAUAUAUAUCUUGAGCAGAGGCAGAGCUUGAGUUUUUCUUCAUCCUCAGGUAUCCUAGCUGGGAAUCAGACUGGAAAGUAGAAUGUAAGAGUCCCCUUCUGUCUUGGACACCGAGCAGAUCUGCAACUUUACAGUUACACCCAGAAGGAAUGUUGAUAAGUGUUUCUUUCUGCCACAUGGAGUUAGACAGAAUAACAGGUGCCAGCAUUUCACGACUGGAAAUUAGAGCACAAUGCAACGAUGUUUACAGUGUCUUCCCAUUUGUGCUGUGUUCAUACCUCACAGUGCCUCUGAAGUCCUUUUGUAAUAACUGGAAUUUGAGGCACAAACCCUAAAGUUUCAUUUUUCUGUACUGUUGGUACAUCAGUGUAUACUUUUAUUGUCAUUUUGUGCCUGUGGGAAAUGUUUAAUAAAAAUUUAAAAGUACCAAAAGAA